GAGGAGUUUAAUUUCAGAAGUUCUAUCAUCAAACGAAAUGCUGUGAAAGUCACGUUUUAUUAUCCCGGUUUUGUUUCUGAGAUCUCGUUCUUUAUUAACUGAUGAGAUUAAUCUGUUGUGUUAAACGCUUCUCUCGCUCGAAGAAGAAACUCCAUCAUAUCAACUAUAUAAACGUAAACACGCCCAAAGCUGGUGAAUAAAGCAUAAAAGGGUGAAAUGAUUUUCUGCUCGAAAUCUUUAAUUGACUUUGAUGACACGAUGACGUAAUUCUUUUCUAGUGUAGAGUUAAUACAGAAAUAAAAGUUUUAUUUUAAUUCAAAUUCGAUAAAGAGCGGGAAGUGCAAACAAAGGAAACUGAAUCGCUUGUGGGAGGGUCACCUUCAAACACGAGACUGUGGGCGGGAAACACUUUCAUUGGCUCUCUAUCCGACCCGUCAAACUAUGAGCUGACCAAUAAACACAUUUUAUGGGUUCGGCCGACGAAGACACGCAAUCAGACAACAGGCUCCGUGACGCUAAACAUUUGCAUGUGAGAGUGAAUAAAUACCACAGCGAAGGGACUCUUCAACAUUCAGCAUUUACUCAUCUGUGAAGAAGCAUCAUGCCUGAACCAGCCAAACCCGCGCCCAAGAAGGGCUCUAAAAAGGCCGUCACCAAGACCGCCGUUAAGGGAGGAAAGAAGCGCAGAAAGUCCAGGAAGGAGAGUUACGCCAUCUACGUGUACAAAGUGCUCAAGCAGGUCCACCCCGACACCGGCAUCUCUUCCAAGGCGAUGGGCAUCAUGAACUCUUUCGUCAACGACAUCUUCGAGCGCAUCGCCGGUGAGUCGUCUCGUCUCGCGCACUACAACAAGCGCUCCACCAUCACGUCGAGAGAGAUCCAGACCGCCGUGCGUCUGCUGCUGCCCGGUGAACUCGCCAAACACGCCGUGUCCGAGGGCACCAAAGCCGUCACCAAGUACACCAGCUCCAAGUAAAGCGCCGCUUUCAUCCGCCGCACACAAAGGCUCUUUUAAGAGCCACCCAUGACGUCACUAAAGAGCUUCUAAUAUUGGGUUUAUAGGAGUCGUGUUGAAUCUUUGCACGUCUCGUUGAUAAACAUUUAUAUUAUUUUAUUAUACGAAUAAGUUAAUAUUCCGUCUCGUGUUGUAUCUCAAAUGAGGAACACCAGUUUGUUUAAAUCCAGACUAUAGAUCGUCACGUGCCUUGACAAUAUAGAUGCAGAACAAUUGAAUGUUCAUGUGUCUGUGUAGGGGGUCAAUAAGUGGCAACUAAUCUCGUUGUCUUUAAUCUCAACAUAAAGGCCCAGUUUGUAAUUUCGUUUCAAUUCUCUUGUACAACUUAAAACUGAAAGUUCUAGGAGCCAAACUUUGGCAUGUUUUGUUCUAACAUUUUUCAUUCAAAGGCUGUUUGAAAACGAUGAAUAUACAAUUUUCUUUUCAACAAAACAAUUUGAUUGUACAUAUUUUUCUUUAUCUAAUUCUCACUUUUUAUGAACUGUAUCUAAUGUAAAAGCUAUUUUGUUGACGUCAAAAUUAUAAGAAAAACCUAACAUUGAAUUGUUUAAAUGAAUGGUUAAGGAAAAUGUUGUUGAUUUAAUAACACAUUUAAUGAGUAGAAAUAAACAAUCAAACCACUACAAUCGUG